AAAAACGUUGGGGUUGGUUCAGACGCUCCUUUUUUACUAAUUUCUCCGUUUCGUUUUAGUUGGUCCUUUCUUUAAAAAUAUUUGUGAGAAUUUCAUUAUGUUCUUUCAAUACUAUACUUCACACUAAAUGACUAAAUAAAGUGUAUUUACUCAAAUUUAUUAUUUUCAAAACAUAAUUAAUAAGGCUAAUUUGAUAAAAUAAACCCACUAAUUAAUAGUAUUUUUUUAAUGGAUGUGCCAAAUCUGGGGUCAACUAACAUGGAACGGAGAGAGUAUAUUUUAUACGGAUUGUUGCUCACUCUCUAAGGUUGUAUUAUCAUAUGCAGAUAAAUGUAACCUCUGCUCUUAAACAUUCCAAGAAGCAGGGUGAACUUUCUCUUACUAUCUCUGUCGCUGCUGAUCACAAAUUUGGAUGCAAGAAAGUUCAGAAGCUUGGAAAAAUAGAACAUCACCUGUGGAAGAAAAGAGAAUCUGUUGGAUCUGGGCAAAAAGCACUGAAUCAUAUUCGGACUGCAAGUAAACUUCCAAAUGAGAAAGAGACUGUUUAUGGUGCUUCAUAUAAAUGGAUUGCAUGGAAGACAGAGUUUCCAUUGAUUGCAGCUGCUAAGGCUUUCAAAAUCUCAAGGCAGCAGCGGCUGUGGACAAGAGUAAUUCAAGUACGAUUGCAGAGAGAGAGAGAGAGAGACGAGGAAGAGAUUGAUAUGAAUGCAUAUCGAUCCGUCAUUACUCUGAUGAGUACAUAGAGAUGGAAAUUCAAGUACGAUUGCAAAGACAAAUUAAAGUUAUAUCAGGUGAUACAAGCCAAAUCGACAUCAAACUUUCAAGGACUACAAUCCAAGGCCGACAUAAAGUACCCAAGCCAUGGUCAUCUAUGGUAGGCAAAGAUAUGUUUGGGGAACCAUUUUCAAGCUCUCAAGAGCUCAACACCAUGUGUGGAGGAUAGCUUGGAGCCAGAAGCUGAAUUUAUCCUAAAACCUCAACAAGAAGGCAAGCCCAAGGACUACAAAAACUCUCAUGAUAUUGAAGGAGUUAGAUCUGUUCCAAACCAUCUAGAUACCAUUUAAAAAGUAUUUUAGAGUGCCCAAAUCAUACAAGAAGGACCAAAGGGCCUUAGAGGGGUCAAAGGAGUGCAAAUCAGGGGUAAAAAGUCCCUUUUAGUAGGACCUGCGCCCCAGGUGCACUUGACCUGCUUGAGCAAGUCAAAACAGUAGCAUCCGCUCCCAAGGUGCGCCCCAUCUUCUUAAGCAGAUGCCAAAGCGGACAAAAUUGAGUUUUUGGUUAAUUUGGAUCACUUUUGGGUCCACUUAUGUAUUAAAUAGCCCAAUGCUAUAAAUACUAGCUAUCU